GUUUCAGUUAUAAAAUUAAUUCAUCUCUUUUUUAUUUGAUCAUCUUUCUGAAAAAAAAAUCUUAAAUCUCUCUGAAAAUUCCACAAAUUCAAUCAGAAGAAGAAGAAAAUCUAAGGAAAUUUCUUGAAGAAUCAUGGAAUACAGACCAUUAGAGGUAACAAUAAUCUCAGCAAAAGACAUCAAAGAUGUGAAUCUCUUCUCAAAGAUGGAUGUUUACGUCCUGGCUUCAAUCGGCGGUGAUCCAAGAACACAGAAGAAAACACCAGUAGAUCACGACGGUGGUAAAAACCCAAGCUGGAAUUUCACGAUGAAUUUCUCGAUUGAUGAAUCGUUAGCCAAACAGAACCGAUUGACUCUCAUCUUACAGCUCAAAUCUGAGAAAACCUUAGGUGUUGAUCGUGAUAUCGGUGAAGUUCAUGUGUCGAUCAAAGAACUUCUUGAUAAUCCCGGUGCGGAGAAAACAAGCCAGUUUGUUUCUUAUCAGGUUAGGACGAAGAGUGGUAAAGCUAAAGGGGAAUUGAAUUUCUCUUGCAAAUUUGGGGAGAAGGUGUCUCAGCCCGCACCCGUUUACGCAGCCGCUCAUGUACCAGAGUCGUCGGCUUAUAAAGUGGGAGAGCCUGUUACAGCGUAUCCUGCCGCUGCUGCAGUGGGUGGUUCUAGUGUGCCGUAUCCACCACCAGCUGGGUAUCCGCCGUCUGGGUCAGGAAUACCGUAUCAGGGACAAGGAGGGCCGUAUCCACCACCACCAACUGGGUAUCCUCCUGCUGGAUAUGGGAAUGGACAGCCGCAACCACCAAUGGGGUAUCCACCUCAACAGCCGGGAUACGGGUAUCCUCCACAGCAGCCGGGGUAUGGGUAUCCACCCCAAGGUGGGUACGGUGGAUACCCUCAGCAGCCUCCAAUGGUGGUGAAACCACCGAAGCCAAAGAAGAAUAAAAUGGGAGGAAUGGGAAUGGGUUUGGGUGCUGGAUUACUCGGUGGGCUUUUGAUUGGUGAUAUGAUUUCUGAUGUUGGUGACUAUGAUGGUGGCUUUGAUGAUUGUGGUGGUGGCUUUGAUUUUUAGUUUUAUGUUUUUGAUUUCACUAUAUGGUGGUGGCUUACUAAGAAUGUAAUUUGAGACAUGGCUAUUAACCUAGAGAGUUACUCCUGAUUUCACUCUUGUUAUUUGUUCUUUACAGACUAUACUGAUUCUACUUCUUGUUAUUAAAUGGUUAUGUAAAUAUUAAUGGUUUCUUUUGUUACUCA